GGUAAAGAGGAGAAAGAUGCAAACCCUACCGGCGGAGUUUGCUUCGAGAUCGGCUUUAUCGCCUCUUCGUGUUCGCUUAAUCCAGGCGGCGGGGGGUUCCGGGAUCCAAGAUGAAGUUCAACAUCGCGAACCCAACUACGGGAUGUCAGAAGAAGCUCGAGAUCGAUGACGACCAGAAGCUUCGGGCUUUUUAUGACAAGAGGAUCUCUCAGGAAGUUAGCGGCGAUGCUCUUGGUGAGGAGUUUAAAGGAUAUGUUUUUAAGAUCAUGGGAGGAUGUGAUAAACAAGGUUUUCCUAUGAAGCAAGGAGUUCUUACUACUGGGCGUGUCCGCUUACUGCUUCACAGAGGUACACCUUGCUUCCGUGGGUAUGGCAGGCGUAACGGAGAGCGCAGGAGGAAAUCAGUUCGCGGUUGCAUUGUCAGCCCUGAUCUCUCAGUUUUAAACUUAGUGAUUGUGAAGAAGGGCGAGAAUGAUCUUCCAGGAUUGACUGAUAUUGAGAAACCAAGAAUGAGGGGACCUAAGAGAGCCUCCAAAAUCCGCAAACUAUUCAACCUAUCGAAAGAGGAUGAUGUCCGCAAAUAUGUCAACACAUACCGCAGAACCUUCACAACAAAAACUGGUAAGAAGCGCAGCAAGGCGCCCAAGAUUCAGCGACUGGUGACUCCAUUAACAUUGCAGCGGAAGCGUUCUAGGAUCUCUGAGAAGAAGAAGAGAAUUGCGAAGGCAAAGUCUGAAGCAGCCGACUACCAGAAGCUACUUGCCUCCAGGCUCAAGGAGCAGAGGGAGCGCAGGAGCGAGAGCUUGGCCAAGAGAAGGUCUAAGCUUUCCGCUGCCUCAAAGCCAUCUGUCGCAGCCUAGAGACUAUUUUCUGAGUGACUACCUGUGCAAGUUUUAUCUAAGAGAAUCACCCGAUUGCAUAAUUUCCUUUGCACUAGCUGAUGGAUUUUGUUUAAAGAUUUCUACUGCUAAUACUUUUGACUCUAAUUUCAGUUCUCUUUAUGCAUAUUUCACAUAUAUUUCCUUUUCA